UCCUCCUCAUCUUCUGAACAUGAAACCUCACUGUCGGUCCCUUUCGUUGUCACAUGUGCUCAUAUGUUUGGACAGAUUAGUUUAGGGAGAACAAAAGUUAAUAACCGGCUGUAAAUUCUUGAUUGCGACCGCCUCAAGACAAAGGUCUGGUGACACCGACGGGUCACAACCCAGGGAUUUAUUCGAGAGUUUUGUGAUCAGACACCGAGGUUACACUAGUUUCACAAAUCACCUCAGAAUUGGAAGUUCCAUUAGGACCGUGGACAGCCGCACAGACCCAUGGUUAAAAGAGAUCCUUGGGUGAAACCUGGCUGAGAAGAAUACUGAUCAAUUUAUUGUUGGGGCAGACAACUCUUGGGGAAGGCAACUUUGUCAUGGAGGGGGAAUUCCCUAAAGGAAACAACGACGAGGCACCUUGUCAAGAUAACAGUCUGGUGAAGAAGGGCCAACUUUUAUUGGACCGUGGCCAGUGGGCCAACAAGUUGGAGUUCCUGCUCGCGGUAGCAGGGACCUUAGUUGGACUUGGAAAUCUCUGGAGGUUCCCCUAUUUGUGUUAUAAAAAUGGGGGAGGUGCCUUCCUGGUUCCCUAUGUCUUGUUUCUUCUCUUCUGUGGAAUUCCAAUGUUCCUCCUGGAGACUGCCAUGGGGCAGUACGCUUCUCAGGGAUGUAUCACCUGUUGGAGGCACUUCUGCCCCCUUUUUGAAGGAAUUGGUUACGCCACCCAGCUAGUGAUUGCCUACGCAGCUGUGUCUUAUAUCAUCAUCCAGGCCUGGGCCUUCUUCUACCUGUUCUCCUCCUUCAGCUCUGAGGUUCCAUGGGCAAGCUGCAAGAAUUUCUGGAACACAGAUGCAUGUGUGGAAUUUGACACAAGGAAUGCCUCAUCUAAUUGGACAGCACCUUCAAAUGCAACAUCACCUGCCACAGAGUUCUGGGAGAGACGAGUACUGAGUAUAUCUGGGGGAAUCGAGGAAAUAGGUAGCCUGCGGUGGGAGUUGGCCUUAUGUCUCCUACUGGCUUGGAUAUUGUGCUACUUCUGUGUUUGGAAGGGAGUGAAGUCUACAGGAAAGGUUGUUUACUUCACAGCCACUUUUCCCUAUUUGAUGUUGGUUGUUCUUUUGGUCCGAGGACUCACUUUACCUGGAGCGAAGGAUGGCUUAGCUUUCUACCUGUAUCCUGACCCUACAAGGUUGGUGGACCCUCAAGUAUGGAUGGAUGCAGGUGCACAGGUGCUGUUCUCUUUUGGCAUUUGUCAGGGGAGUUUGACUGCUUUAGGAAGCUACAAUCAGUAUAACAAUGAUUGCUAUAAGGACACUUUUGUUCUGUGUUUGGUGAAUGGUGGGUCAAGCAUUGUUGCAGGGUUUGCUAUAUUUUCUGUGUUGGGCUUUAUGUCCUAUGAACAGGGCCUACCAAUAUCUGAAGUGGCUGCUUCUGGUCCAGGCUUGGCAUUUAUUGCCUACCCCCGGGCAGUAGCUAUGAUGCCUUUUCCUCAGUUAUGGUCUGUAUGCUUCUUCAUCAUGGUCAUUUUGCUGGGUGCAGACACACAGUUUGUGAGUCUGGAGUGCCUGAUGACAUCCGUCACAGAUAUGUUCCCCACAGUUUUUCGAAGAGGUUACCGCCGAGAGUUGCUGCUGCUCUGUCUCUGCUCCGUUUGCUUUUUUUUGGGCCUCCUCCUUGUCACAGAGGGAGGGUUGUAUUUUCUUCAACUUUUUGACCAUUACGUAUGUAGCGGCAACAAUCUUCUCCUUCUUUCAGUCUGCCAGUCAAUAGCAAUUGGCUGGAUCUAUGGUGCAGAUCGUCUCUACGAUAACAUUGAAGAUAUGAUAGGCUAUCGCCCCUGGCCAUUAAUGAAGUAUUGCUGGAUGUUUGUCACUCCUGCUAUUUGCCUGGGCACCUUCCUACUUUCAGUGGUGAGAUACAACACUCUAAAGUUCAACAAAACUUAUGUGUACCCAAACUGGGCUUAUACUUUGGGAUGGUGCCUUGGACUCUUCUGCGUUUUCUUAGUACCUCUGUGGAUGAUCUUCAAAGUCUCCCGAAUGAAAGGAUCAACAUGGCAGUGCCUCAAACAGCUCUGCCAACCUGAAAUCAAGACCCAUAGCACAAAGCAAACGUCUGAACAAUGCCCUCUGAACCCAGACAACACCCUCAUUCCUACCAUCAGCGAAUACAAGGGAAGUGGUGGAGUGGAGAUGGAGAUGCAAGUGUGACCACGUGAUUGUGUUAAGAGCACGGGCUGUGUAAGAAGUAUUUUUAAGAAGUUAUAAUGACAAAUGCAGUCAGCACAGUGACUAGUGUAUC